AUGACUUCGGGAUGCGCAGGCCGAUUUGUCGCCGUUGGAUCAUUACGUCAGCAGCGACAUCCCCAUCCUUAUCGUUAUCACAACUGCCUCUCGCGACCAUUUGGAGCUCCGGAGGAUGCGAGCCACCUAGUCGGGAUGCCCGCCUACUUCUACCAUCUUAGAUUGCAGCUCUCAAACUCUGGCUCCAGCUCAUCCUCCACUUUACAAACCGCCUGGGAGGCCCUUCAACCCUUCCAAAGUCGGCCUGCAAGCUCAACCGCAUCACCGACCGAACACACCCCACCAACCCCAGAAUACGCGCUCGCACAUCACCAAAAGCUCUCCACCCGACAAACCCACACUCCACCUCGAACCCGCUCCAUUGCCGGACCCGAGAUCUGCACCGGUGAAGCCACACUCGCGCAAGACAAGCGCUUCGGCGCCAUCACCAUUGAGUCCAUUAACAUGGUUCCCCAAACCCAUGAAUCGGCGAAACGCUCAAAGCGGCCCGCCGCUGAGCCCGAGAACUUGGUAGCUGCAGGAAUCGGCACUGAAAUUCUUGGUGGGCUGCACACACGAGGUCGCUACAUUCCUCUCGAAGGCGAAGUCGCAGAUAGCGUCUGGGGAAUUGUCCACCUAUAUCGCGACAUACAGGAGACGCCAUAUCUGAAUGACGAGGAAUAUCCCACACAUCUAAAAGGCUCUGCUGCUGCGGCACGGCAUCCUGCUGAACGGAGUCUACCAACGAGCAGCAAGGACCUUUCGUCAUACCCGUUUCCCGCGCAAACCCCGGAUGAGGAUUGCAGGACGCUCUGUAUUCUCGCUGUGCCUUCUUAUCUGUCCCCACCAGACUUUCUGGGCUUCAUGGGUGAGAAGACUAUGGAUGAUGUUAGUCAUUUCCGGAUGAUUAGAACUGCUCGUGCGAAUCGGUAUAUGGUUCUCAUGAAGUUCCGGAGUGGGAAGCAGGCAAGGGAUUGGCAGAAGGAGUGGAACGGAAAGGUGUUCAAUAGCAUGGAACCGGAGACUUGUCACGUUGUAUUUGUGAAAACGGUAGAGAUACAGGUGGUUUCUGGUGAUCCUGCUUUUUCACCUGCUGAACAUGCCCAUUUGCCUUCACCAAAUCUUUCUACGCCAACUGGGCAGGCGACUUUAACGGGAAAACCUCUUGCUCCGCCUACACCUGCACUGGUUGAGCUACCCACGUGCCCUGUUUGUCUUGAGCGGAUGGAUGAGACUACGGGUUUACUGACGAUCAUCUGUCAGCACGUCUUUCACUGUACGUGUCUUCAAAAAUGGAAGGGAAGUGGCUGUCCUGUGUGCCGGUACACGCAGGAUGACAUCCGCAAAAGCAACGCAGGCGUCAAGCUUGAAGAAGAGGCACAGGAAUGCCAUGUUUGUCACGCUGAAGAGAACCUCUGGGCUUGUUUGAUCUGUGGGACAAUCGGCUGUGGCCGCUAUGACGGUGCGCAUGCCUUUGAGCACUGGAAGGAUACAGCCCAUGCCUUCUCUAUGGACCUCACAUCCCAACGUGUCUGGGACUACGUGGGUGAUGCCUACGUCCAUCGUAUCAUCCAAAGCAAAACAGACGGCAAGCUCGUUGAACUGCCAGCGGCCGACCACAGCGCUCUCGACCCAGACUGGGGCGAUGCAGUCCCUCGUGAAAAGCUGGAGAACAUGAGUGUUGAAUACACACAUCUUCUCACUAGCCAACUGGAAAGCCAGCGUGCUUAUUUUGAAGAAGUUGUAGAGCGUGCAGUGGAUAAGGCAUCGAAAGCCACUGCCGCUGCCGCGAUUGCUGAAGAGAGUGCAUCCAGUGCGGCUGGCCGUCUGGAGGAAUUGCAAUCAAAGUACGAUAUGAUGACUAUUGAGACAUUCCCUUCACUUGAGCAUGAUCGUGCCAGGGCGGAAAAACGUGCCGAGAAGUUCGAGGCUCUGACUCGUUCAUUCGAGAAAAAGUACCAAGAGGAACGCUCCAUGAAUCAAAAUAUGAUGCUAAGACUGGAUUUACUUGAUAAAGAGGUCCAGGGGCUUAAAAGCUCGAAUGCCGACCUCGCAGAACAGAAUCGUGAUCUCACCUUCUUCAUCAGUGGUUCGCAGCGACUACAGGGACAGGGAGAAGAAGUUGAGCAGGGAACACUCAGUGUCCCUGACCCCCCGAAAAAGAACAAAAAGAAGGGAAAGAAGUGA